GUCAUUUUAAUCCGACGCUGCCACAGACUGAUCGUGCUUUUUUUUUGUUUUUAGCAUCGGAUCAGAUACUAGAAACACUCCUGUGGAGGAUGAACUUGAAUCCCGGCUGGCUGCUGCUGCUUCUCUCCGUCUCUGCCGGCGUCUGGUCAGUGCCUAUCGAUCGCAAUGGAGGCAAUCAAGAAGCUAAAGAGGAAGUCCCGGAGGAGAGCGUGGACACCGGCCUUUACUACGACAGAUACCUCCGAGAGGUGAUUGAGGUUUUGGAGACCGACCCUCAUUUCAGAGAGAAACUACAGACGGCAAACACAGAAGACAUAAAGAACGGUCGCCUCAGUAAAGAGUUGGACCUGGUCAGCCACAACGUCCGCACUCGCCUGGAUGAGCUGAAGCGGCAGGAAGUCUCUCGCCUCAGGAUGCUGCUGAAGGCCAAACUGGACAGCACCAACACACAGAGCCUGCAGAUGGACCACGCCUCCCUGCUGAAGCAGUUUGAACAUCUGGAUCCGCACAAUCAAAACACCUUCGAGGCCAAAGACCUGGAGCUGCUAAUCUCCACGGCCACCAAGGAUCUGGAGAACUACGACGCCGAGAGGCACGAGGAGUUCAAGCGCUACGAGAUGCUGAAGGAGCACGAGAGACGGGAGUACCUGAAGGGCCUGGACCAGGAGAAGAGAGAGAAAGAGGAGAAGAGAUUGCAGGAGCUGAAGGAUAAACACCGCCAGCACCCCAAAGUCAACGCUCCGGGAAGUGUCGCUCAGCUGCGGGAAGUCUGGGAGGAGACCGAUGGACUGGAUCCUCAAGAGUUCAACCCUAAAACCUUCUUUAAACUGCACGAUACGAAUGAAGACAGUGUUUUAGAUGAGCAGGAAUUGGAGGCUCUCUUCACUAAAGAGCUGGAGAAAGUCUACGAUCCAAAGAACGAGGAAGAUGAUAUGAUGGAGAUGGAGGAAGAGAGGCUGAGGAUGAGGGAGCAUGUGAUGAAGAAUGUGGAUACAAAUAAAGACCGUCUCGUCAGCCUGGAGGAGUUCCUCAAAUCCACAGAGAAGAGGGAGUUCAAUAAUCCCAGAGAGUGGGAGACUCUGGACACCAUGCCGGUCUACUCAGAGGAAGAGCUGCAGCGGUUUGAGGCCGAACUCAGAGACAAAGAGGAGGAGCUGAAGAGGAAGGCCGAGACUCUUCGUCAGGAGCAGGAGUUGCUGAAGGAGAGAGGCAAAGCCCUGGAGGCCCAGAGGAGAGAGUACCAGCAGGCGGUUUUAGAGAUGUCACAGAGGCAGAAGGAGCAGCAGGCACCAGACGUGCAGCCUCCUGCAGGUCCUAACGGAGAACUACAGUUUCAACCAGAGGCACCCAAAGUAGAAGAUAAAGAGGCAAAAGCUCCAGUUGAACAUGCUGCUGAAGCUCCCAAUAAUAUGCCUGCGGAGCCUCCACAGAAUCUGCCCAUACACACUUAACGCAGCACGCUCCAGCAGCCUUAACACACACACACACACACACACACACACACUUACACACAUGAUUUGCACUGACACAGAUCUCUAGAUGGGUUCUGCAAACUGAAUUAUGUGAACUGUAUGUAUAAAUCCAGACAGGCUGGCUUUUUAUCAUGACUUAUAUUGUGCAGUGUGUUCAUCUCUGUGGUCUACAGUCGAUUGAAGGUCUCCGAACACCCGAUAUCAACGUGUGUGUUUAUACGUGUGUCUUCAGAAAAUCUUCAGUUUCAGUGAAGUUUUUAUUCAUGCAGCGGUCUCCACUGUAAAAUCAUUCAAACAUCUUCCAAUAAAUUGUUAAUUUAAAACCUA